CAAUUAAACGAUAUGCUAGGCUAAUAAUAUCUGAGGGUAAAAAUAUAGUAGAAGCUAUUAAAGAUAUUAAAGGAACAUCAGUGGCAAACAUUAAUACUGAUAGAAGUUAUAAAGAAAGGAAAAAACCUAUGAUUUCUGGAAUUUCAAACUGGUUUGAAUUUCAAUGGCCGGUUGAAGCAGAGUUGGCUGGUUUUGUAUGUGCUAGAUCUCUUCCAAAUUUUGGAGAAUGGAAUGAAUGGUGGUGA